AUGGCGGACGUGGCGGCAGCGAAGCCUGCGAGCGCCGCACCCGCUGAAGCGCCGGGGGGGGCUGAACCCCCGAGCAGCUUGCAGUUCGCCUCCCUCUAUGUUGGGGACCUGCACAUGGACUGUACCGAGGCCCUGCUCUACGAGGCCUUCAGUCGUGCGGGCAACGUGGCCUCCUGCCGUGUUUGCCGGGAUAGCGCCACACGCAGGUCCCUGGGCUAUGCUUAUGUGAACUAUUACAGCGUACAAGACGCGGAGCGAGCCUUGCAAACGCUGAACUACAUGAGCAUCAGAGGCAAACCCAUCCGCGUGAUGUGGAGUCAGCGGGAUCCCGAACGACGGAGGAAUACCGCCAGCAACGUCUUCGUGAAAGGCUUGGACCUUUCGAUUGAUACCAAAGCCUUGCACGACACCUUCAGCAUUUUCGGGAACAUCCUCAGCUGUAAGGUCGCGACCAACAGCGUGGGGAAAUCCCGAGGCUAUGGCUUCGUGCACUAUGAAAGUGAAGAGGCUGCGAAGGAGGCCAUUGCUCAGGUCAACGGCAAACAGAUCGAAGGUAGCACCGUCUUCGUGGGGCCCUUUAUCAAGAGGGAGCAGCGGGACGCAGAGGCAGCGGAGAGCUACACCAACCUCUAUGUGAAGAACUUUCCAGACAGCUGGGACGACGCGAAGGUCAGCGACGUCUUCAGCGAAUUUGGAGAGGUCGCCUCCUCCGUCCUCUUGACCAACGAUGAUGGCAAGAGGUUCGCCCUGGUGAACUUCCAGUCGCCGGACGCGGCCAAGGCCGCCGUGGAGGCCUUGCACCGGAAGGACCUGCGAGAUCCGGAAGAGGCUGAGAAGGAGGAGGAGCCGCCGGAUGCAGAGAAGGCCGAAGCCGAAGAAGCUGUGGACAAGGUGCCGCCGCAUUUGCUCUACGUGCAGCGCGCGCAGACGCGCUCGGAGCGCCGAGCGGCGCUGGAGGAGGACCGGCGGCGGAACCAGGCUGGAAAGGGCGAGGGUAAAGGCAAAGGUGGCAUCCGCCUUUGCAUUCGCAACCUGUCGGAGGACGUGACCUCGGAACAGCUUCGAGAGGCUGUGGAGCCCUAUGGCACGAUCCACGCCGUGUUCUUGAAGACCGAUGACAUGGGCAAGAAUCGUGGUGUUGGCUUUGUGGUGAUCUCCUCACAGGAAGAGGCACAGAAGGCCAUUGAUGAGCUAGAUGGAAAAGAUCUGCUUGGAAAGCCUUUGAGCGUGGUCUUCUCAGAAAGGAGGAGAAAAGGUGAGAAAGGCGAAGGCAAGGGUGAGAAAGGUGAAGGCUUUAAGGGCCCCAGGAAUGACGAGAAGGGCAAAGGGAAGGGUCGUCGCUCGAAGGGCCAAGGAGGCAAGGGUGCACCGUCCUUCGCACAAGGAGUGAUGCUAGGCCCAGGGAUGCCAGGCAUGAUGCCCAUGCCCCGGCCCGGGAUGCCGGGCGGCAUGCCGAUGAUGGGCCUUCCACCCAUGAUGGCAGGCCUGCCGCCCUUCCCACGGCCCUGCCAGGUGGGUUUGCCACCCUUCCCACCCGCGGUGCCGAUGGCGCACCCGCACGCGGCGCACGCGCAUGCGCACGCCGCCCUGCGACCGCCCCUCCCUGUCGGUGGCGCGAUGCUGCCUGCGGGUGGUCUAGGUGAUCGGUCGCAGCCGCCUGCGGCGCAAGCGCAGAAACAGCAGUUGGGCGUGCCUCGGACUGGAGAACCAGAACGGCUCUAUCACCAAAUCGCCCGGCUCCACCCCAGCAUGGCGGGCAAGCUGACGGGAAUGAUGCUGGAGUUGGGGCCCGAUGAGAUCUUGAGCUUGUUGAACUCUGAGGAGAAGUUGAAGCAAAAGAUCCAAGAAGCCGAGCAGAUCCUCCAGAAGACCAAAGGAGGAGCAUCCUGA